CUGGCCGAGUUUGGAUGUGUGUUUCUGGGGGUGUUUGAGGAGCAGCCUGGCCUGAGAGCAGAGGGCGACGGAGCCGGACAACCGGAGAUUUAAGUCGGUCCCUACCGGCGGAAUGGCGGACCGGGAGCCGGUGCCGCUUCCUGCGGAGAUGCGGGCCAAACUGGCCGAGCUGGAGCUGGAGUUAUCCGAGGGUGACAUCACACAGAAGGGCUAUGAGAAGAAGCGCUCCAAGCUGAUUGGAGCCUAUUUCCCUCAAGCACCAGGAAUGGAUCCGUCCAUGGGCCAGGAGAGAAGAGCACCGGUCACCCCGUCCUCGGCCUCCCGCUACCACCGCCGGCGGUCCUCUGGCUCCAGAGACGAACGCUACAGAUCAGAUGUGCACACGGAGGCAGUGCAGGCGGGCCUUGGCCAAACACAAAGAGAGGAAGAUCGCGGUGCCAUGCCGUCCAAGAGGCGGUCGCUGGUGGUCCAGACCUCCAUGGACGCCUACACACCACCAGUUUUAUGAAUCUAUUUUCUUCUUCCAUUCGUCUCCUGCUCAGACACCUCCUCCGGCUCGGAGGGUGAGGGUCAGGGCAACGGGGAGGAGGGAGACGGAGGAGACGGUGGAGAAGAGGACGGAGGGGGGGGGGGGGGGACGUCGUCCAGCCGGGAGGGGAGCAUCAGCAUGGAGCACUGGAUCAGCCGGGCCAUGCACGGCACCUCGUCCACCACCACCACCACCUCGUCCACGGCCUCCUCCUCCUCCUCCUCCACACGCAGCGGGGGGAGCGGAGCAGCCGGAGGCCGCCUGGCUGACGUCCUGGCUCAGCAUGUCCACAUGUCCGCCCACCACCACCACCACCGCCACCAUCACCAUCGCCACCACCACAAGACGGAGAACCACUCUGCUCCUCCAGACGUCACCGGCUACACCAACAACUCGGCCAACACCACCUCCGCUGAUGGGAUCCAGGUGGAGCGAGGCCCGGGCGGCGGCACCGCGGUCCAGAGACAGACGCCCAAGUACGGCAACGCCGAGCUGAUGGAGACGGGCGACGGCGUCCCAGUCAGCAGCAGAGUCUCCGCUAAGAUCCAGCAGCUCGUCAACACUCUGAAGAGGCCGAAGCGCCCGCCGCUCAGGGAGUUCUUUGUCGACGACUUCGAGGAGCUUCUGGAAGUCCAGCAGCCGGACCCCAACCAGCCCAAGGCCGAGGGCGCCCCGAUGGUGGUGAUGAGGGGCGAGCAGCUGGGCGUGGUCACCAACUGGCCCCCGUCCCUGGAGGCGGCCCUGCAGAGGUGGGGCACCAUCUCCCCGAAGGCCCCCUGCCUCACCACCAUGGACACCAACGGCAAGCCGCUCUACGUGCUGACCUACGGUAAACUGUGGUCCAGAAGUGUGAAGGUGGCCUACAACCUGCUGCACAAGCUGGGAACCAAACAGGAGCCACUGGUCAGGCCUGGCGACCGGGUGGCGCUGGUGUUCCCGAACAACGACCCCGCCGCCUUCAUGACGGCGUUCUACGGCUGCCUGCUGGCCGAGGUCGUCCCUGUGCCGAUAGAAGUACCACUGACCAGGAAGGACGCCGGCAGUCAGCAGAUUGGAUUUCUGUUGGGCAGCUGUGGAGUGACGGUGGCUCUGACCAGCGACGCCUGCCACAAAGGGUUACCCAAGAGUCCCACUGGGGAGAUCCCACAGUUCAAAGGCUGGCCUAAGGUGCUGUGGUUCGUCGGUGAGUCCAAACACGUCUCCAAACCACCGCGAGACUGGUUCCCACACAUCAAGGACGCAAACCAGGACACUGCCUACAUCGAGUACAAGACGUGUAAGGACGGCAGCGUCCUGGGUGUGACGGUGAUGAGGAUCGCGAUGCUCACUCACUGCCAGGCCCUCACGCAGUCCUGCUCCUACACAGAAGCUGAGACCAUAGUGAAUGUGUUGGACUUCAAGAAGGACGUGGGACUGUGGCACGCCGUCCUCACGAGUGUGAUGAACAUGAUGCACGUCAUCAGUAUUCCCUACGCCCUGAUGAAGGUCAACCCUCUGUCCUGGAUCCAGAAGGUCUGCCAGUACAAAGCCAAAGUGGCGUGUGUGAAGUCGCGGGACAUGCACUGGGCUCUGGUGGCCCAUCGGGACCAGAGAGACGUCAACCUGAGCUCCCUGCGCAUGCUGGUGGUGGCCGACGGUUCGAAUCCCUGGUCCAUUUCCUCCUGUGACGCCUUCCUCAACGUCUUCCAGACUAAAGGUUUGAAGCCGGAGGUCAUCUGUCCCUGUGCCAGCUCCCCCGAGGCGCUCACUGUGGCUAUAAGGAGGCCGCUGGAGGAGGGCAGCACCCCCCCUGGCCGAGGCGUGUUGUCCAUGCAGGGUCUGAGUCACGGUGUGAUCCGGGUGGACUCGGAGGAGAAGCUGUCGGUGCUCACGCUGCAGGACGUCGGCUCCGUCAUGCCCGGAGCCAUGAUGUGCGUGGUGAAGCUCGAGGGAGUUCCUCAGCUCUGCAGAACCGACGAGAUCGGAGAGUUGUGUGUUUGUACUGUCGCCACAGGAACCUCCUACUACGGCCUGGCUGGCAUGACCAAGAACACCUUCGAGGUUUUCCCCAUGUCCAGCAACGGGGCCCCGGUCAGCGAGUUUCCCUUCACCAGGACCGGCCUGCUGGGUUUCAUCGGACCUGGAGGUCUGAUCUUUGCUGCAGGGAAGAUGGACGGCCUGAUGGUGGUCGGGGGGCGGCGGCACAACGCGGACGACAUCGUGGCCACUGCGCUCGCCGUGGAGCCCAUGAAGUUCGUCUACCGGGGCCGGAUAGCAGUGUUCUCCAUCACGGUGCUCCAUGACGAGCGGAUCGUGGUCGUGGCCGAGCAGCGGCCGGACUCCACCGAGGAGGACAGCUUCCAGUGGAUGAGCCGAGUUCUGCAGGCGAUAGACGGCAUCCACCAGGUGGGGGUGUACUGCCUGGCCCUGGUGCCCUCCAACACUCUGCCCAAGACUCCCCUGGGUGGCAUCCACCUGUCAGAGACCAAGCAGCUCUUCCUGGAGGGGGCGCUGCACCCCUGCAACGUGCUCAUGUGUCCGCACACCUGCGUCACCAACCUGCCCAAACCGCGGCAGAAGCAGCCAGAGAUCGGCCCUGCGUCUGUGAUGGUCGGGAACCUGGUGUCGGGGAAGAGGAUCGCUCAGGCCAGCGGCAGAGAUCUGGGUCAGAUCGAAGACAAUGACCAGGCAAGGAAGUUCCUCUUCCUGUCUGAGGUGUUGCAGUGGAGAGCCCAGACCACGCCGGACCACGUCCUGUACACGCUGCUCAACUCCAGAGGUACGAUAGCCAGCUCUCUGACUUGCGUCCAGCUGCACAAGCGAGCAGAGAAGAUCGCGGCCAUGCUUUCUGAACGGGGCCACCUGCAGGACGGAGACCACGUGGCACUGGUCUACCCUCCAGGCAUCGACCUCAUCGUGGCGUUCUACGGCUGCCUGUACGCCGGCUGCGUGCCGAUCACGGUGCGACCGCCUCACCUGCAGAACAUCUCCACCACGCUGCCCACCGUCAAGAUGAUCGUGGAGGUGAGCCGGUCGGUGUGUAUGAUGACCACACAGCUGAUCUCCAAGCUGCUGCGGUCGAAGGAAGCCUCGGCCGCGGUGGACGUGCGGACGUGGCCACCGGUCCUGGACACAGACGAUUUGCCAAAGAAGAAACCUCCUCUGCUGUAUAAACCGUCCAACCCCGACACCCUGGCCUACAUGGACUUCAGCGUCUCCACCACUGGCAUGCUCGCUGGAGUCAAGAUGUCCCACACAGCCACCAGUGCCUUCUGCCGCUCCAUCAAGCUGCAGUGUGAACUUUACCCGUCCAGAGAGGUCGCCAUCUGUCUGGACCCCUACUGCGGCCUGGGCUUCGUCCUCUGGUGCCUUUGCAGUGUGUACUCAGGUCACCAGUCCAUCCUCAUCCCCCCCUCCGAGCUGGAAUCGAACCCGGCUCUGUGGCUGUCCGCUGUCAGUCAGUACAAAGUCCGGGACACCUUCUGCUCCUACAGCGUCAUGGAGCUGUGCACCAAAGGCCUGGGCCUGCAGACCGACUCACUGAAGUCUCGAGGCCUGGACUUGUCUCGCGUGAGGACCUGUGUGGUCGUAGCGGAGGAGCGUCCCAGGAUCGCCCUGACGCAGUCCUUCUCCAAGCUCUUCAAGGACCUGGGCCUCCACCCUCGAGCCGUCAGCACCUCCUUCGGCUGCAGGGUCAACCUGGCCAUCUGCCUGCAGCCUCACAGGCUGGGAAAGCUUGCCGACCAGGGCACGUCGGGACCCGACCCCACAACCGUGUUCGUGGACAUGAGAGCGCUGAGGCACGACAGGGUCAGAUUAGUAGAGCGGGGGUCACCACACAGCCUGCCGCUGAUGGAGUCUGGGAAGAUUCUACCGGGGGUUCGAAUCAUCAUCGCCAACCCGGAGACCAAGGGACCAAUGGGGGAGUCGCAUCUCGGAGAGAUCUGGGUUCACAGCGGCCACAACGCCAGCGGCUACUUCACCGUGUACGGAGACGAGGCGCUGCAGUCGGACCACUUCAACUCCAGACUCAGCUUCGGGGACACGCAAACCGUCUGGGCUCGAACCGGCUACCUGGGCUUCCUCCGCCGGACCGAGCUCACCGACGCCAGCGGAGAGCGUCAUGAUGCCCUGUACGUGGUCGGUGCUUUAGAAGAAGCCAUGGAGCUGAGAGGGAUGCGUUACCACCCCAUCGACAUCGAGACCUCCGUCAUCAGGACGCACAAGAGCAUCACAGAAUGCGCCGUCUUCACGUGGACCAACCUGCUGGUGGUGGUGGUGGAGCUGGACGGCUCGGAGCAGGAGGCGCUGGACCUCGUCCCCCUGGUCACCAACGUGGUUCUGGAGGAGCACUACCUGAUCGUGGGUGUGGUGGUGGUGGUGGACAUCGGCGUCAUCCCCAUCAACUCCCGCGGUGAGAAGCAGCGCAUGCACCUGCGAGACGGCUUCCUGGCCGACCAGCUGGACCCCAUCUAUGUGGCGUACAACAUGUAGCGACUCCCCCUGGUGGCCGAUGCGGACGUGGAUGAAGGAUUAUUUCGUAAGAUGCAAAGAUUGUCUGCACCUGAGGCUGAAGAGCGGAUAGGAACCGGAGUUCCUGGUGUACGGGGAGGAAAGAGUUGCCCCGAACUUUGUCUCUCAGGCAACACGUUAUCCCAGCUGAUGUCUCAAGUGGUGAUACUAGGGUUCAGGUCGGGUUCAGGUCGGGUUCAGGUCGAGAGGAGUGAGGUUUGCUCUGAGAAGAGAAGCAGCUUGAACCUUCCAGGGCUGAAGAGUCAAGCAGACGAGGACAAUCGUUAACGUAGCAAAGAUUCUGGCUUUUCAAAAAACUACGUGACAACUUUUCUUUGUUUGUUUCUAAACACGUGAUCUAAAUUUUAGGCUAUUUUUCGAGAAACGUAUUUACAAACAAAGGAAACCGUGGCAGAAAUGAUGUUUUACGUUUUUACGGUGUCGACCUUUAGAAAGCGUGCGAUAUGUUUUGAUACGAGGGUCGGAGGGCGUGAAUCAAUGAGGUACUAACAGUUGGUUGGCUGGUUUUAUUUCUCUCCUCUUUUUUUGUAAGUGUUACGUUUUUUUUUUAAGUCGUAAUUAUUUCCUGAACUGUUUCAGCAGGAAAUCCGUUUGCUAACUUUCAUAAACCGACGGCUGCAGCCUUCAAACGCCGUUUAUUUUUCCGUACGAACCGGCUUCGACUGAAGCCAAAACAAAACAUAAAUUCAUAUCAUGUAAGUAUGUACAAAAAGAAACUGAUUUAAUUUAUUUUGUCUCUUUUAGAAGUAUGUGACGAGACGUUCAAGAAUGUUUUGCUCUUGAAUAUUUGCUAAUAUAAAAAAAAAUCCAUUGUAUUCUCAUGAGUGAAACACACUCACAUUAAGCAUAUUAUGGAAGAUAGAAAUAUAUGAUCAUAGAUAAAAUUCAAAAUUCAUUCAUUUCGGACAGAAGCAGCUUCACACUUUAUAUCUGCAUGUUGGUCUGAAAUGUUCGAGUCAGCCCAAAGAAAAGAGUUUCAUUCCCGUGAAGAGUUCUGAACCAAAGUCCUUCCUUCAAAUUUAACGUCUUUAAUUUUGUAAUCAAUCUGAAUUUUUAUUGAAUUCACAACAUGAAGCCUGAAGCACUUCAUGCAAUUCUACUUUCCAACAGCUGGGGGCAGUAACGGGGUAAAUGAACGAUUUUAAAUGUGUUUUUAAAAAGUCUAAAUUUUUAAAUGUUUUAUGUGGAAGGAAAUUAAUCUGUUUUCAGGGAAAACAAAGUUUAAAAAAAGGCACGAAAUACAUAUUUUCACCAGCCUCCAUCAUAUAUGUCAUCUAGUUCAUGAAUAACAUUUAAAAUGAUUUAUUUAUAGAUACAUUUCUACACAUUUUAAGGCAUAUAAUAUUUCAAACGCUUUUGUCAUUUUGAAUUCAAAGGCACCUGUUGUUUAUCAGACAAAUCCAGAGUUCAGUCCUUUAUGAAGUGUGAUUAAUUCCAAAUAUUAAUCAUUUUGAGUAACAGAUAAAAUAUUUGAAUUAUUUAAAUGAUUGAAUUUCGAGAACAAUUGAUGGGAAAUAUUUGAAAAAGCUAAAAUGAUAUGCACACAUAUAGGAUAUUACUGAGCUCUAGUGGUGACCCGGGAAGAUUAUUAAAUUAUCCUCUUAUGUAUUAUACACGCAUUUCACUUUGGGUCAGAACUCUUCAAAUAAACAUUAACUAGGGAACAAACUGAUCUUUAAAAUGUGAUGAACAGGAAAUUGAAUCACGACGAGACAAGUUGUAAUUUCUCCGUCAUGAAAACGUGAACCCCCCCCACAUGGCAGGAAGUGGAACAGCUGCUACGACUGUAAAUAUCAGAGUCAAACGUCCGUCAUAUUUUUUACGUGGACGGAUCGGUCAGAGCUCAUUACAGCGACGUCACACCAGGAACACAGACUGAACCAAACAGGAAGCAGGAGGAGGAGUUUGACCCCAGGGCUGUGGAGGUCAAAGGUCGUAGGAUUCAAGAGAAUGUUCAAGUCUCAACUUCAGGAUAAUUUUUUUUUUUAAGAAAAAGCACUUUCUUCAACGUUUUGUUUUUAUCCUUUAAUCGGUGACAUGUUUUUUUUAAAAGGUUUUAAAAAUGUCUUAUUUGAGUUGACAGACGUCUUUCAAAUAAAUAUUUCAACAAUU